AGAGGAUCUCAGACAAUCGGUGAAAUUCGAGUCAGUCGUUUCUGAUCUCGAGUAGUUUGCUCAUUUGGCGGUAAAUACGCGCGCGUAGUGAUUUAUCAGCAACGAUAAGGGCGAUGGCAAUGUUCGCGUAAAUUUUUCGGGAACAGGAUAUCCGUGCAGUGUAGGCGUUUGAUAAAGAUCGAUCAGUGAGGCGCGAAAUAAACUGGUGGAAAUUUUGUGACAUAUCAUUGAAAUGGCUUUCGAUUCGGAAAUCGAGGCCGUCACUGCUCACCUGACCUGCAAUAAAAAUCCAGUGAUCAUUGCCGUCGGGCAGAAACAGCAUAGCGACAUCAACUCGAACACCCCACUGACGAGGGUGUACACCAGGAGAUGGCUCGUUCUUUUCAUUUUCAUAUUAUUCACCUCAUCCAACAUCAGCCAAUGGGUUCAGUACAGUAUCAUCAGCAACAUCAUUGUAAGGUAUUACGAUGUUUCGAUUAUCGCGGUGGAUUGGACAUCUCUACUCUUUAUGGUGGCUUAUAUUCCUCUGGUGUUCCCAAUAUCGUACAUGAUGGAUCGAAUUGGUCUACGCUGGACCAUAAUUGUUGGAUGCUUGCUCACCGCACUCGGAUCCUGGAUUAAAGUGCUUUCGAUACCACGCGACCGAUUCUACGUGACAUUCAUCGGACAAUCGCUGGUUGCCAGUACGCAGGUGAUCGUGCUGAACGUACCCGGCCGCCUUGCCGCCAACUGGUUUGGAUCGAGCCAAGUGUCAACAGCCACAUCCAUGGGUCUGUUCGGAUUUCAAUUGGGUAUAGCAGGCAGCUUUUUACUGACGCCCAUAGUUGUGAGGAACCAUGAGAAUUUGGAUGAUAUUGGCGACGAUUUGUCGCGGUUAUUUUGGUUCUUUGCUGUCUACUCAACCGUGGCACUGAUCACGGCCAUCAUCUUUUUAAAAGAUGAGCCUCCUCUACCACCCAGCGAGACUCGCCGUCUUCAAAAAUUGAAUUUGUCAGAAAAUUCGGACGGUUUUAUACCUUUGAUGAAAAGGCUUCUAUCGAACAGAAGUUACAUCGCGUUGUGCCAUUCCUUCGGUGUAAACAUCGGCGUGCUGAAUUCCAUUGCUACACUUCUCAACCAAAUGUAUCUACUACAUUUUGAGAACGGAGAAGAAGAGGCGGGACAAAUCGGAUUGGCAAUCGUCAUCAUGGGAGUAAUCAGUUCUCCAAUAUUUGGUUACAUUCUUGACAAAACACACAAGUUCAAAUUGACGAUAAGUGUGGUAUACGCACUCUCCUUAGCGGGACAAAUACUCUUCGCAGUUUCGUUGGUUAUGGAGAUAAAGUGGAUGGUUUACGUUUCGGCUACAUUCCUUGGAUUUUUCAUAACUAGUUACUUUGCCGUGGGGUACGAAGUCUGCGCAGAAUACACGUAUCCAGAACCAGAAGGAGUUGCUACCGCAUUCCUAAAUGUCACAAAUCAAAUUUAUGGCAUCGCUAUAGUAUUAAUAUUUGGGAAGGUGAUCGAGAUUUUUGGUGAUCUAUGGGCGCACCUGGUGAUCGGGCUUUUCCUCUUCACAGGACUGAUCACCACUCUCUGUACGAAAGAUCUGCAGAAGCGACAGAAUGCCAGACAGCAUGCGCCUUACAGAGAAGUUCCAAUGAGCAAUACAAGUUUUCAAGACGAAAAACAAAUUAUUUAAUAAGUUGCACUUUAUAUUGAGUGGUCUGUAGGGAUCACUUUAAUGCACUG